AAAGUUGAAGAAGAAGAAGCGAGCCGAGAUCAGGAGCAGGACAUCAGAGUCCAUGAUAGAGGAGGAGCAGGAGGAGCAGUAGAGGAGCGGAAUGGAGGAGGACAAGCAGAACCCGGAGCACCGGAGCAACAAGGUCCGGAGAAGACAAGCAGCAGGCUCGUCCUCUGAUAGCAGCGAUGUUGAGGAACAGAGAGGAAGAGAGGAACUUAUACGUCACCACCGUGACAAAUCCUUCACAACAUCUGGAUCUUUAAAAAUUCAUCAAAGAGUUCAAACUGGAGAGAAACCAUACAGCUGCGACCACUGUGAGAAAACAUUUUUGCGCUGCAGUGCCCUCAAAGCCCAUCAACGCAUUCACAUUGAAGGGGAACUGUACAGUUUUUUCCAAAGUGGGAAGGAUUUCAAAGAGUCAGGGAGCUCAAAAAAACAAGACACUGACACAGCAGAGAAACUGUUUAGCUGUGAUCAAUGUGAGAAAGCUUUCACCACUCUACGUAGCUUAAAAAGUCACUACUGUGUUCACACUGCAGAGAAGUCGCACUGCUGUGACCAAUGUGGGAAAACUUUUUCGCAACGCACGUCACUUGAAACUCACCAAAGAAUUCACACAGGAGAGAAACUGUACAGCUGUGAUCAACGUGGCAAAGCUUUCACACGAUCAGAAUACUUGAAAGCCCAUCAACGCAGUCACACAGGAGAGAAAUUGUACAGCUGUGAUCUAUGUGGCAAAGCCUUUGCAAAGCCAGGGACCUUAAAAAGCCACCAACGUAUUCACACAGGAGAGAAACUGUACAGCUGUGAUCAAUGUGGCAAAGCCUUUGCACAGUCAGGGACUUUAAAAACCCACCAACGUAUUCACACAGGAGAGAAACCAUACAGCUGUGAUCAAUGUGACAAAGCCUUUGCAAAGCCAUGGAACUUAAAAACCCACCAACGUAUUCACACAGGAGAGAAACUAUACAGCUGUGAUCAAUGUGGCAAGGCCUUUGCACUGUCAGGGACCUUAAAAAGCCACCAACGUAUUCACACAGGAGAGAAACCGUACAGCUGUGAUCAAUGUGGCAAAGCCUUUGCACUGUCAGGGACCUUAACAAGCCACCAACGUAUUCACACAGGAGAGAAGCCGUACUGGUGUGACCAAUGUGGAAGAUUGUUUGCCCACUGCAGUUAUUUGAGAACCCACCAAUGCCAGCAUGCAGGAGAGAACCCUUACAGCUGUGACUAGUGUGAGAAAGCUUUUAUUGAACAGUAUGACCUAAAAAUCCACCAACGUGUUCACACCAGAGAGAACCCGUCCUGAUGUGACCAAUGUUGGCAGUGACAUUAAAGCCCAUAAAUGUGUUUACCCUGCAUUGUUUUGGACAUUUUCAGGGCCAGGCAAACAUCUUCCUACUGCUUCCUCCCCAUGCCCUGAUAGCUGUGUUGAUAUCUUACUUUUGUCUUUGAUUAUUUUUAUCUGUUUUUUAUUUCAACUGUAACCCUAUGUUGGACCACCAGAUUCCUCCCUGUAGGACUCCCAUGUGUGAGAGCUGAUGUAGAGGCAGAUAAUGUAUUGUUCUAUAUCAAACAGCAGCUACCACCACCAGGCCACAGCAGCUUCCACCCCCAGGCCACAGCAGCUUCCACCACCUGGCCACAGCAGCUUCCACCACCAGGCCGCAGCAGCUCCCACCACCAGGCCGCAGCAGUUUCCACCACCUGGCCGCAGCAGCUUCCACCACCAGGCCGCAGCAGCUUCCACCACCACGCCGCAGAAGCUUCCACCACCAGGCCGCAGCAGCUUUCACCACCAGGCCGCAGCAGCUUCCACCACCAGGCCACAGCAGCUUCCACCACCAGGCCACAGCAGCUUCCACCACCAGGCCGCAGCAGAAGCCGCCUCUACUGGAUCAGUGUUGUCUAAUUUGUUUUAACAUACCAGCAGAGCAAAAUGGCAACAAAAGAACUAAAGAAAGACAUAGAAGAUCUGAAAAAUGCGGUAAACAUGAUGUCUCAGGACAUUACCAACAUGACAAAUAAGAUGAGCACCAUGAUAAACCUCAUGAAGGAAAUAAGUGAAAUCAAGAAGAAUGAGGAGCAUGAGAACAGAAUGAACUCUUUAGAGAACCGCUUGCUGGACUUGGAGCAGUACUCAAGAAUUAAUGAUGUUAUUGUGACAGGACUAAAAAUCAAACCAAAAUCAUAUUUCAAAGCGGUGGAGGGAGAAGACCGACAAGAUAAGGACAGACAUGACGAGUCAACUGAAGCCCAAGUGACUGCCUUUCUGCAGGAGAAAAACAUCUCAGUCGAUAGAGAUGACAUAGAAGCAUGUCACACAAUUCCUGUAGGUAACAAGACAGGCAGGGUAGCCAAUCAUGUCAUCAUUAUCAGAUUUGCCAUUAGAAAGAAAAAAGUUCACCUACUCAAACAGGGCAGAAAGCUAAAGGGCACUGUUGUAUAUCUAAAUGAGCAUCUCAUCAAAAGAAACGCUGACAUUGCAAAAAAAGCAAGAUUCUUGAGGAAACAGGGAAAGCUGCAGUCUACGUGGACCCACAAUUGUAAGGUAUUUGUCAAAUUGAAUGGAAAUCCAGAACAGGCUAAAGUAUUAUGCAUCAGGAGCUUGGAGGAGCUAAAUGAACUAUUGUAAUAAAGAAACUCCCAGCAAAGGCUGGAUUAAGGUUAUACGGGUAUGUGUGAUCUCUAACUAUUUCUUUUUGCAAAGAUGCUUUAACCACCAAAAAAGGGUUUAAGACUUGCACACUUGAACAUUUGUAGUUUAAAGAAUAAGGUUGAUGAGUUGAGCUCCAUUAUGCAAGAAAAUAAUAUACAUGUAAUGGCCAUAUCUGAGACACACUUGGAUGAUUCAAUAAGUGAUACACUAUUAAAUAUACAAGGUUAUCACAUUUUUAGACAAGACAGAGACAAAUAUGGUGGUGGCACGUGUAUAUCCAUCCAGAGUCACAUCCCUGUUAAAGUAAGGAAGGACCUGAGAAUGACUGGGGUGGAAGCCCUAUGGCUACAGGUACACAUUUCACAUUCAAGUCCAUUGUUAAUCUGUUGCUGCUACAGGCCUCCAGGCUCCAGUAUUGUGUAUUUAGAUGAUGUAUGUACAAUGUUGCAAAAUGUGGCUUAUACAAAUAAUGAAAUCAACUGUUUUGGUGAUUUUAACAUAGACUGGCUUUCAGAUAAUUGUACGCUGAAAAAGAAACUUGGUGAUGUGGCUUCUGUAUGUAACUUAACUCAGGUGGUUAAUAUACCAACGAGGAUCAGCAUUAACAAUGCAGGGGCGGUCUCAUCAAAGUGUAUAGAUCACUGUUUUACAAAUGCUCCUGAGAAAUGUUCUAAAAUUAUAUCUGUACCAAUGGGCUUCAGUGACCAUAAUAUGGUAGCAUUUACUUUGAGGACAAAAGUUCCCAAGAUGUGGCCUAAAAUAAUCUUUAAAAGAAUUUAUCAGUCCUUUUCAGAAGAUGAGUUUAUUAAAGAUAUAUCCAAAAUCACGUGGAACUCAGUGCUGGAUGUUAAGAAUGCAGAGGCCGCAUUAUGCAAGUUUAUGGAUUUAUUUAUGGAUGCUUGUGUCAUGAACUUAAAAAUUCCAUGAAAGAAAGAGACAGACUGAAAACAGUAGCUGUAGCAUCUGGAAAUUGGCAUGACUGGCGAGCUUACCGGUCAUUUAGAAACACUGUAACCAAAAUGAAUAGACAGAAGAAGAAAAAUUAUUAUCAGAGUAAACUGGAGGAGUACAAAGGAGAUGGUAAGAAAUGAUGGAAAACAUUAAAUAAAGUCAUAGGUAAAACUAGAAGGAGUAAAAUACCCUCUUUUAUUGAAGUUGAAGGAAAAUUUAUCACUUGCACACUACCGUGGCUAAUGGUAAAAGACAGACUGACAUGCAGUCUUAUUCUGUUUGUAAAGAAUAUAUAUACUGUUACAACUAGUGCCAACAAAUAAUAGACAUAACCAUGAGACAAGACAAGCAGUAAACCACAGAUUCACAUUACCUCUGCCGAGAACCAACACACUUAGGAGAACAGUUAUGUACAGAGCUGUUGCAGAGUGGAACAGGCUUCCACCUGAGCUCUUAUCACUGGAAAGCAGAAAACAAACUGAAAAAGAUGAUUUUAGUGUAUAAUAUCUGACUUCUUGGUUUCUUUUGUUUUGUUUUGUUGUUUGUUAGUUUUUGUUUUUUUCUGUUUUAUAAGCCUAGGUAUUGAUUUGGUGCGUUUGCAAAACUUUAAAAAACUGUUUUUAACAAUUUCUUCCAAUUGCAAUUAGUAGUCCACAUUGUGGUAAAUUAUUGAAUUUAAUAUUGUAGUUUUUUUCCUUGUAACUAUCAUAUAUGAUUCUAGAUUGUCAUUGUUAUUCUGUAUGUUUUUACUAUGUAUAUAAUUGUGUCCUGUGUGAGGACCCCAGGAAGAAUAGCCAUUACUCCCACAACGUAGUGAUGGCUAAUGGGGAUCCUAAUAAAUAAACAAAUAAACAGCA